AUGGUGCAGGCGCGAACGCUCCAUCUCCAGCGAGUUGUCACAUUGUCGUCAGAAGACGAAUCAGACAGAAUAGAUGUGCAUGAUAUUGCGAAGCGGCUCGAGGAGCUCGAAGCCCACGUCGCGGAGACUGCUGCAGCACGUCUGUCAGCCAGUACCCUGGAUCAGGCCCAGUCACAUGCACAAGAUCUGGAGACAAUUCAAUCAGCAAUCACGCAAACGGCUGCAGAAGUACGAAAGACCUUCCAAGCAGACAUUGAUGCUCUGAAUCGGGCCGUACGAAGGUACGAGAAACGGACCGCCGUUUCUGCCUACCAAACGGAUUCUCGUCUCCAAGCCCUGGAAACCCAGAUGCACGAUGCCUUCUCCUUAGCAACAACAGCCCAUCGAACAAGCAUGCAACGGCCACAAGGGGUUUUUCUCAUGGUAUUCAGUGGGAUUUACGCUGCCUUUUCACUGCCAGUACAGGCAUUCAUGUCCGUUGUCUGUCUGCCAUUGCACAUGUCGAAAAGCUGUUUGCGUUAUAUCAGGAGUAUGCUGUUCUCAAAAUCUUCUUCAGUACCUCACCCCACAAAGGAGAAAGCAUCACACGGCAAAUCACGAUUGGCGAAGAGGCCGGCACGGCCAACCUCGAAAGAAGAACCAACAGAUUCCCGGGCCCUUGGCCAAAUCAAAGAAAACCAUUAA